CUCUUGUUCCAUAGGAUCAGUGAUACUAAGAAGGGGGCAGAUCUUAGUAGCCUCUUCAGUGAGAGACUUGAGAGCUUUUUGAAAAGAGCCCUGUCUGGCUAGUUCUUCUCUAUUAGAUCAGUCAUUGUGUUGCUGCAGGAUCCAAGGAGCAGACUCCGGUGAAGAAUGCUAUCAGAAGGAUAUCUCAGUGGACUUACCUACUGGAAUGACAUUCAUUGGAAUUGUGCAUCUUAUAAUGAACCGGUGGCUGGGGACCAAGGCAAAGAGACAAGUUCUGUUGCUGCUCUUUCAUAUUCCUCUGUGGAUGAAACACAAGUUCAAAGUCUUUAUGUGAGCUGCAAAUCCUCUGGGAAGUUUAUUUCAUCAGUGCAUGCAAGGGCGAGUCAGCACAGCAGAAGCCAGAGCAGAACAGUGCUGCAGGCAAACAGCAACCCUGUAUUUGAAAGUCCAACUUUAGCUGCAGUUGGUAUAUGCAGAGAUGUGAUCAGGGAGACCUACUUGGUUCCACCUUCUUGUAAAAGUAUUUGCAAAAAUUACAACGACUUACAUAUUGCAGGGGGACAGGUGAUGGCCAUUAACUCAGUAAUGGCAAAUUUCCCCUCUGAGAGCAGCUUUGAAGAUGGUCCUUUGCUAAAGUCAUCUGAGAUUUCUUUGUCCAUGGAGGAUUCCACUUCCACUCAGCUCACUGAACUUCCCCUCAAACCUAUCCAGCGGUACUCAUCCUACUGGAGGAUAACCAGCAUCAAAGAGAAAAGCAGCCUGCAAAUGCAGAAGCCUAUUUCAAAUGCAGUGCUCAAUGAGUACCUGGAGCAGAAGGUGGUGGAAUUGUAUAAGCAAUAUAUUAUGGACACUGUGUUUCAUGACAGUUCUCCUACCCAGAUUCUGGCAUCAGAAUUCAUCAUGACGAAUGUAGAUCAAAUUAGUCUUCAAGUGUCUAAAGAGAAGAACCUGGACACUUCAAAAGUCAAGGACAUAGUUAUUAGCCACCUGUUGCAGUUGGUAUCAUCUGAGAUCAGCACCCCUAGUCUUCAUAUUUCUCAGUAUAGCAAUAUAACUCCAUAGAGAAGGCUCCUGUCAAUUCCCCUUAUUCCUAUGAAUCCCAAGGCACUAUUGUAUUAAUUUGAUCAGAGGAUGUGAUGGAGGGAAUUCUGGAAGGGAAUUAACAACUAGUAAAGGACACUUUGAGAAAUCACAUAUGGAAAGGAACAGGAAGAGGAACCAAAAGAAUGGUUUCAAGGACAAGUUUAUACAGAAUCAGAGCAAAAUUAAAAAUGAUCACAGAGAGAAGGAAGGUACUGUGAUUCAAUUUUAGGAGUUCUGAAACUGGAAGUUAAGCCAAAUCAGGAACAAAAGGAAACACUAUGGCAAACUAGAAAGUCGAUGGAUUUGAGAAUUGGGAAUUAAACACCUGUUUCCUAUUUAGAUACAUUUAUCUAGGUUGUUUCUUCUGGAAAGAAAUGGACUACAAGAUGGUUGUUAAAUUCAGGUGGACUGACAUUUUUCCAAGUAUAAGCUUGUAUUUCUUUUCCUCUGUGCUAUAUCAGUAAGUCAUGUAGAUAUACUCUUUAUAAAUAUUAAAUGAAUGACAAACAAAUCUCAGUUGUUUAAACAUUUUUUUUUUUUGCAACAAGGCUCUAUUAGCUCAGGCUGGUUUUACAAUCCUUACAUAGCCGAUGAUCUUGAAUUCCUUAUUCUCUUGCUUCUAUCCCACAAGUGCUGGUAUUAUAGGUAUGUAUCAUCAAAUCUGGAUGUGUUUUUAUUUGAAAUGAAAAGGUUCAGCCACAAGACUAUGACUUAAAUCUCCUAAUUCUAUUUAGUGAUAGAGAUAGCAGUGUUUCAACGGAAAACCUCCUAUUGUGAACAUUGAAGCAUUUUAUUUCACUGAGUGUGAUUUUCAUGGUGCUAUGAGGUUCAAAAGGAUUAUGAAUACUUUGCCCCCCAUUUCCCUUUUUCAUGUGUUCUUCUGACCUGGAGCCAGAAAAGGGUCUUCUGAUUGUUCUAUACAAGACCAAGGACUCCAUAAUUUCAAUUUCUGUAUAUUUGUUUACUAAAACAGUAGCUUUACAUGUGUAUUACUGUCUUGAUCUUUUAUUCAGCUCAGGACUUAGAAAACUAUGAGCCUUUGGUCAAAUCUAACUUUAUGAUAGCUUUGGACUCUCGUGAGCUAAGGAUAGGUUUUCCUUUUCUCUUUUCUUUUUUCCCUUUCUUUUCCUUUUUUCCUUUUCUUUUUCUUGAGGGAGGGCCUCUUUAUUGUAUAGCUCCAGCUGUCUGGAACUCCCUAUGUAGACCAGGCUGGUGUCUAACACACAGAGAUUUGUCUGCCUGUGCUUCCCACAUGCUAGGAGGAUUAAGGGCAUGUGCCAUUAUAUCACACUUGGCAUGUUUUAUUAUUUUUAAUUUUAAUAUAUUUUAAAAGCCCAAAAGCUUAAGUUAAAAAUACUUUAGAGCAUAUGAAAAUUAUAUGAAAUUUAAAAUUGAAAUUCAGUGUAUAUAAACUAGACUUUAUUUGUUUAUUUAUUUAUUUAUUUAUUUAUUGGCAGUGCUGGUGAUGGAAUUCAAGGCCUUAUUCAUGACAGGCAAGUUCUAUAACAUAUUCCAUGCUGCCUACUAAAUUUUAUUUGUUUGUUUAUAUUUUAUAUAGUUUGUAGUUGCUUUUACAUAAGAAUGGUCGAACAGACAUGACGGAGAACAUAUGACACAACAAAGCUUAAUAUUUCUUUUUACCAUCUGGCUGUUUACAGUGAUGUUUGCCAACUCUGUUCAAUGACAGUGUCUUGCCCAAACUUGAUUUAGGUUUUCCAGGAAGCAGACUUUCGAAAGGACAUUGGGGAGCAUUUUUAUCCUUAUGGGGAAUAGGUUCCCUCUGUGAUGGAAUGAGGGAAGCAAAUCCAGAUGUUACCAGAAAGAGUUAGGGUGAAUCUUCAAAAUAGUUCCAAAUUGAAACAAGUGAGUAGGCGUCUGUUCUCAAGCGUCUAAGUGCAAGGUGCAUACCUUGACUGAUGGCCACAGGUCUAUGGAGUGGAGUGGAGUGGAGUGGAGUGGAGUGGAGUGAAUAGCUGCAGCCUCUGGUCAGGAGCCUGGUGUCUAGGAGCAUGGAAAAAGGCCUACCAUUCCAGUGCAGGCUAAGGUCACCUGCUGGGUUACCGGGGUUUUAAACCUAGCUCAACCAGAAACCAGGCUGCCUCUCAUAGUCCCACAACUAAUGACCCAAAGUCCAUUACAUCCACACCCAGCCAAAUUUUCUACUAUCAUUCUUGAAAUUAUGUGAGGUUCUAUAACUGUACAUAAAUAAAUAAAUAAAAGCACUGCAGAAAUCUGAAAUGGCUUUAGUAAAAUUUUCUGCCACAAUGGGACUACAACAGUUUAGAUUCAGAAAUUCAGUCUUCCUUUUUUUCUUUUUAAAAAAUUUUAUUGGGUUCAUUGAUUCUACCAAGACUAGUCUGCACAGGGGAGAGUGUGUCACUCUAUGAAAGACUAAUAUUUCCUAAAAUUGUGAGGCAGAGAAAAUUCUUUCCUUAAGUUGCUUCUGUGUGGUGUUUGUUAUGGCAAUAAGAAAUUAAUCGAGCCAUCUUAGUUCCCAGAUCCCUCUGAGACUAUCUGCACAGGUGAGAGUAUGGACUACAGAAGCUAACAGCUUCCGGGACAGACCCUGUUUCAGGUUCUCAUCUUCUGCCAGGAGGCAGAUCUGAUUGCCAGAUAUCUGUGAACCUUUCCUGCAAGAGGAGAGCUUGCAUGCAGUGAGUGCUCUGACCACUGAAACUCAGAAGAGAGCUAGUCCCCCAGGUCUGCUGAUAGAGCGUAACAGAAUCACCUGAGGAACAAGCUCUAACCAGAG